UUUUUGACAUCGUAUAAUCGAUUAAUUAUAUGAAAUAUAUAUUAUAAUUUUUACUUCGAUAUAUUAAUGGGAAAAUAUGUUUGGACGAGAAACUCUAGUAGCUGCGGUCAAUACUUACUAAACAGAUACUGUCCAACUUCAAAGUCAUGUUGCUUCAGUGUGACUCCAAAAGUGGGAACAAUCAUUAUAUCCUUACUAGGAGUAUUUAAGAGUGCAUUUUAUGUAUUAUUCUUUUUCUUUGGCAAGGAAACGCUAUUGAAGAUCGGUGUAGAUGAAAAUACAAGUGAAUUAAUUACGCACGUUUAUGCGGUUGUCGGAAUUUUGUUGUUUUCUGUUAAUAUUUUAUUACUCAUAGCUGCUAUUAUUUACAGCGAAGCAUUGAUUCUAUUGUUUUUAUGGGUUGUUAUAUUUUACUUCUUAAUAGACUUUUCUAUUGUUUUAUAUUUAUGCUUAAAAUUUUCGUUUGGAGAUAAAGCAUUGACCGGGUUGUUCGUAUUGUUAGUUAGUGUUACUUAUUGGUUGUUUAUUUAUGUAUUUGUAAUCCCUGUAGUUAAUGGAUUCAGAAGAAGCAUCCACACAGUUGUAAUAGUGUUAACUUAGUAAAGGAUAAAUACACCUUGUAGCCGGACAAACAAGCCAGUGGUCUGAACUAUUAAUUAGAAUUAAAUUGACUUUAGUUUGUAAAUUCCUUACUAGUUGGUUUGCUUUAUUCGAGCAGACAAAUAACAGUAACGUUAUUUUGAUAUCAAUUUUGUGUAGUAUUCUACUUCGUAGAUUUUUACUACUUUUGAUUCGGUUAACACGCCUGACAAGCAGCGAGAGAUUGGUGGAUAGUUCUCGUUAUGCCCGUCAAAGCGACUCGUUUAAUCGUGAUGAUACCACCGCGUGCAGAUUGAUCUCUGUUGUUGAUAGAGCAUUUAGUCGUCCCGGCGGACUAUCGUAGCGACGGAUCGGUUCACGUUUCAUCUGGUAGUUGGUACGGUGUUAGCCACGGUGACGUAAUCAAGCCAAAUACGAUGACAGAUUUCUGUUAGAAUUAUCCGUGUGAGAUGUUAACUCUGACAGUUUUAAUGUUUGUUACGUCAAUAAGUAUAGAUUAAAAAAUUUUAGA